AUGUUUUUGGGUAGAACGGCAUGUUACACAAGGUUUAAUGCCAUGGGGCCUGCAAUGAAGUGUGGGUUUUCGACGUCUGGCUUACGAUUGCAAAAUGUACAACUAAACUAUUAUGAGAUUUUAGAGUUGCCACAUUCGGCGUCGAUUCGGGAAAUUAAGACCCAAUUCAAGAAGCUAAGUAAGAAAUAUCACCCUGAUUUGAAUACGCAUUUGAGUGACGACGAGAAGAAGGCUAAUAGUGACAAGUUUGUGACUAUAGUCAAUGCAUAUGAUACGUUAAAGGAUAUGAAGAAGAAAAAGAACUAUGACUUUUCAUUGAAAUCUAGCGGACAGUUGCAUAAUAGGAAUGGUAGUGGGGUCAGGAGGAACCAAGAAUGGCACAAUAAGUACUAUGGAGAAGCGAAAUAUUACUCCAAAUCAAAUUCAUAUUCGAGAUCAUCCUAUAGUGCAUCUGGCUUGAAUACAAAGAGACAUAGAGUACGUCAUGACAAUGAUUUUGACAACAAUUCUUCGUUUUCAGGAGAACAUCGCAACUAUGGUGACAAGCAUGGUGUUCCGCAUUUUAACUACAACGAGCAUUUAUUAAAGCAUUUGAAAUUCGAACAAAGAAUUAUCAACCGACAACUAACAGACGACGACAGAGAGGCAAUUAUGAGACAACUAAGCAAAUCAGGAGAUCUUAAGAAUAUGAGUGAAGAGCUUAUCACUAAGCAUCUAAUGAGGCAAGUUCACCAUACGAAGAACAGGACCAACUCAGCAGGUCUGGGGCAAUGGGGGAAUUCAGGCUCAAGUGCAAAUGGGCAAAACAAGAACCCGCACAUGUAUCACGGCCCGCAAGAUGACAGCGAUGGAUUGAAGGUUGCAUUUCUUUGUAUGGGGGCUGGCGCAUCACUAUAUCUUUUAUAUCAAGCAUUUUUUAGUUAA